AUGACGCUGCAAGACGUUCAAAAGGCGUACAAAGGUGAUGAACAAAUGGACUUACUGAUUGCAGCCCUUCGAACUUGUGGCAAGAAGUUUUGCAGACAUCUAUGGAAGCACGGAAAAUUAAUGCCUUUCAACCAGAUAAAAGAAGAACUAACAGUAACAGAGAGCAACUUGGUCUUGCGAGGAUCACCCUUGGUAAGUCCCGAAAAGGCGCAGAUGAAGGUUGUGCAGUUAACCCAUCGGGGACAGCAGGCCAUGGUGAAGACCAAGCAGCUAAUUAGAGAGAAGGUGUGGUUUCCUGGGAUCGACAAGAUGGUGGAAGCUGUGGUCAGAAGCUGUGAGGCAUGUCAACGGACAGCAGAGGAUAAGAACCUGCCGUCAGUAAUGACACAGCUUCCCGACGGACCCUGGCUAUCACUCGUGGCAGACCUUGCUGGCCCACUACCUGGUAACAAGUACCUGCUUCUCGUCGUAGAUGAAUACUCACAGUUCCCCGUGGUUGCGACGUUAUCAUCUCUGAACGGAAGAACGGUGAUCACCAAGUUGAACAACAUGUUCACUGUACAUGGCAUCUCUGAAGUUGUAAAGACAGACAAUGAUCCCCCGUUUGUCGGAAAAGAAUUCGCCGACUUUAUGAAGCACGAUGGUAUUCGUCACCAUAGAGUAACACUUCUGUGGCCGCAAGCGAAUGGGGAGGUAGAUCGAUUCAUAAAGAAUCUGAAGAACAGCAUAAAGGCAGCCUGUGUAUGGGGACAUAACUGGAAGGACGAGAUAGAUGAGUAUCUGUUGACUACAGAGCCACCCCGCACUCUACCACAGGUGUCACUCCGGCGGAACUCCUCUUCGGAAGAAAGAUCGGAACCAAGCUUCCCCAAAUGCAGUAGAAGCUUAAAUUCGGAGAUAUACAGGAGAGGGACAGUCGGAAGAAAGGACAAAUGA